AUGGAGGCUGCCGCCAGCUCCUCGUCGCACAGCGGCUCCCAUCGCGGCACCGCCACCUCGCCCGGCUCCGACUCGGCCAAAAGCGUCCUCAUCUGCCUCCUCCGCCUCGACCUCCGCAUCAACGACAAUCCCCUCUUCUACUAUGCCCACCAGACCCCCAAACCCAUCGUCUCCACCGCAGAAAAGACCGUAGACCUCAGCAAGCUCGAAGAUGAGGCGCUUCUCGGCUCCACCGCAGACUACCUCCUCCCCGUCUUUGUCUUUGACGAGCGAGAGAUGGAGCUCAGCGGUCUGCCCGGCUACAACCGCAAGGGUCCCGAGGCGCGUACAAAGGAGUACGGCUUCUGGAAGACCGGCGGCUUCCGCACCCGAUUCAUCUCCGAGUCCGUCUACGACGUCCGUUCUCGCCUCCGCGCCGCAGGCUCUGACCUCCUCAUCCGCUUUGGCAUCCCCGAGGACGUCGUCGCCAACCUCGUCAGCGCCUUCCAGGCCGACGGCACCCACGUAGAGGGAGUGUGGCUCCAGAAGGAGAUGACCUACCCCGAGAUCGACGUCGAAAACGCCAUCGUAGAGAAGCUCCAGGGCACCGGCGUUCCCGUCCAGUUCGUCAACGGCAAGACCCUCAUCCAUCCGGCCGACCUUCCCUUCGAGAGCAGCGAGACCCCCGACGUCUUCACCCCUUUCCGCAAAAAGGUAGAGGCGCUCGGUCCCAACAUGGUCCGCCCCGUCAAGCCGUCGCCAGCCAAGUUCAAGUCCUUCCCUCCUCGCGUGCCCCGCACCACCGACUAUGCGCUCGACGUCUCGUACGAAGUCGACGUCGACGGCCUCGCCCCUCGCGCGCUCGAGCCCAAGGACAAGCAGGAAGGCCAGGUCUCCUUCCACGACAUCCUCCGCUUCCUCCUCACCCCGCUCAACGACUCGCAGCUCCCGCCCACCCUCGAGGCGAGCGCAUUGCUCCAACAACGCCACCCCGCCUCCGCCUUUCCUCUGCGUGGCGGCGAGUCGUCCGCGCUCGACCGCCUCGACUGGUACUUUGUCAGGGGCAAGUCGGCCGACUCGACGCGCUGGGGCAAGGCCGACCCUCCGCCCGUCGCCCGCUACAAGCAGACGCGCAACAACCUCAUCGGCCACGCCUACAGCACCAAGAUGUCGCCCUUCCUCGCCUACGGAAGCAUCUCGCCGCGCCAGAUCUGGGAGGCGCUCGACGACCACGAGAAGAAGUUUGGCGAGGACCAGAAUACGUACUGGGUGCGCUUCGAGCUGCUCUGGCGCGACUACUUUUUCUUUGUGGCCGAAAAGUUUGGCGACCUUCUGUACGACCUCGGCGGCUUUGAGCGCGCCACCGAUCCACGCCAGGCGGCCAAGAAGAUGGAGGAGGGCUGGUGGAACAAGUGGGAUCCGCUCAAGGACGGCGCCGAGCACCAGAUGACGCGUCUGCUCGAGGGCCGCACCGGCAUUCCCUUUAUCGACGCCAACAUCCUCGAGCUGCGCGAGUCGGGCUUCAUGUCCAACCGCGGCCGUCAGAACGUCGCCAGCUUCCUCUCCAAGGAUCUCGGCUACGACUGGCGCAUCGGCGCCGAGUUCUUCCAGUCGCACCUCAUCGACUACGACCCCACCUCCAACUACGGCAACUGGCAGUACGUCGCCGGCGUCGGCAACGACCCGCGCGCCUCGCGCCAGUUCAACACCAUCAAGCAGGCCAAGGACUACGACUCGCACGGCGACUAUGUCAAGAUGUGGAUCCCCGCGCUGCGCAAUCUGCAUGCCGACUACGUCCACACGCCCUGGCUGCUCACCUCCGAGGAGCGAAGGCGGUACGGCCUCAAGACGACCAAGAUGGACGUCACCAUCGACGGCUACCCCGCGCAGCCGCUGUUUGAGCACGAGGGCUGGCAGCGCCACUACGAGCGCAAGCAGGGCGUCGGGUCCAAGAUGCACGGCAACCCGCAGGAGAAGGUCAAGGACGGCAAGGUGCCGCGUCGUCAUCGGCCCAGCUAUCGCGUACAGGCUGCGACUUAUGGUGCGCUGUCGGAUGGCGGGCAAUUUGACCAGCUGUCGGCAUCGGCAGGCACGCUGAGUGGGCACUUUGACGGCAGUGCGUCGCGCAAUGUGAUUCCACCCCUGCGCGGCGCUUCGGGCUCGAUUGGUCCCUCGUACAUCGCGCGCCAGAGCCAGGGUUUCCCCAACGUCGGGGCGCUUAGCAUUGGCGCUGGAUCCGAGCGCAGCGGGUCGCCGUUUGGCACCUCGCCCGCAACGCACACCGGCAGCAUGGGCAAGUUCACGCGCGCCUCACCAGCUGCGUCGACCAACCUGCCCGCUCCGGUCGGCCGUGCACCCGGCACCGCGUUUGACUUUGGCCCGGGCAGGACGGGGAGUGCGGCGUCGGUGGAGAAUCCGAACGGGCGUCUGCGCCGAGGUGGAAAUGGCGGCAACGGCGAGCAUGCGUUGAACGGAUACGCGGAUCCAACGUCCGGUAGCGGUGGCAAUGGUGGGGCCGCGGGGGCGUAUGGGAACGGGUCGGUCAACGGCGUGGGUGUCGGUGCGCCGACAGCGCCCAACGGCGUAGCUGGCACACAGCUCUCCAAGGCCGAUUUGGAAACGAGCUGGCGACGCGGAUCCAAGUAG